UGUCAGCUAACAAACUACUUCUGAGAUGGCGUCGUUAGCGGCAGAUCCCACACAGUGCUCGUUAGCAGCAGCAGCAGCAGCAGCAGAGUGUGUAGUCCCGGCGUGUAUGUUCGCCCCGGACCGGGGAGAUGCCGGAGAUCCCACCGGGGGAGAGGUCUUUGAACGCAGCGCAGCUGCGAACGGAGAGACCGAGGAUCAUCUCGACCUGAGCAACAAACUCAGUCUUGUGAGUCCAACAGGGGACCAGUAUGAUUCAUUAUUCAAAAAUCUGAGGGAGCGAAUAAAUGAAGGCUGUGGAGAGACAAUCUAUGUGGUUGGCAUGGGUUCAGAUGGGGGCGAUUAUGGUCUGAAUGAUAAGGACAUGGAAGCAUCAGUGGCCACAGUUCAGUCGCUGUGCGAACAGAUGGAAGCCGACUUAAUCUUGCUGAGAGAAAGAACAGACACCGGUGGCAAGAUUCGGGACUACCUCAUCCGUCGGCGUGUGGGGGAGCAGGAUUUCCUGGAAGUAAGAGUAGCAGUUGUUGGGAAUGUGGAUGCUGGAAAGAGCACUCUGCUUGGAGUGUUGACCCACGGUGAGCUGGACAAUGGCCGAGGCUUCGCUCGCCAGAAGCUUUUCAGACACAAACAUGAAAUGGAGAGUGGCAGGACCAGCAGUGUGGGCAAUGACAUCCUGGGCUUUGACCAGCAGGGAGAGGUUGUUAACAAGCCAGACAGCCAUGGUGGGGGUCUGGACUGGACCACGAUCUGUGAGAAGUCUUCAAAGGUCAUCACCUUCAUUGACCUGGCCGGGCACGAGAAGUAUCUCAAGACCACCGUCUUUGGAAUGACAGGACACCUGCCUGAUUUCUGCAUGCUAAUGGUUGGUAGUAACGCCGGGAUAGUCGGCAUGACAAAGGAGCAUCUCGGUCUUGCACUGGCUCUAAAUGUACCAGUGUUUGUAGUGGUUACUAAGAUAGACAUGUGUCCAGCGAACAUCCUACAAGAGACGCUGAAACUAUUACAAAGGUUAUUAAAGUCGCCAGGCUGCAGGAAAAUCCCAGUGUUGGUCCAGAACAAGGACGAUGUCAUUGUCACAGCCUCCAACUUUAGCUCCGAGAGGAUGUGCCCAAUUUUCCAAAUCUCAAAUGUGACGGGGGAUAACAUGGACCUGCUGAAGAUGUUCUUGAACCUCCUCUCCUCCAGGACCACAUUUAGCAACGAUGAGGACCCUGCAGAGUUCCAAAUAGAUGACACAUACUCAGUACCGGGUGUGGGCACAGUAGUUUCAGGUACUACGUUACGUGGAUUGAUACGACUCAACGACAUGUUACUCUUGGGUCCGGACCCGCUUGGCACCUUCAUACCCAUCGCUGUGAAGUCCAUCCACCGCAAGAGGAUGCCUGUCAGAGAGGUUCGAGGAGGACAGACGGCCUCCUUCGCCUUGAAAAAGAUUAAACGGUCAUCAAUAAGGAAAGGAAUGGUGAUGGUUUCCCCAAGGCUAAUGCCUCAGGCUACCUGGGAGUUUGAGGCUGAGAUUUUGGUGCUGCACCACCCAACCACAAUAUCACCGAGAUACCAAGCCAUGGUUCACUGUGGCAGCAUCAGGCAGACCGCUACCAUCCUGUCAAUGAAUAAAGACUGUCUCAGAACGGGGGACAAGGCCACAGUCCAUUUUCGCUUCAUCAAGACCCCUGAGUACCUGCACUGUGAUCAGAAGCUUGUGUUCAGGGAAGGACGUACCAAAGCUGUCGGCACCAUCACCAAGCUGCUCCAAGCGGUGAGCACCCAGGCAGCAAAGACUCAGCAGUCCAAGGCUCAGGCCAGUAAGAAGGCGUAUAAAGAGGGAACAGCAGCCGGUGACGAUGCUGGGUCAACAGCCCGGCCCCAAAGUCCAGGCAGCACACAUUCAUCUACAGUGGCAGAGGAGGAGGCUCUGUGUAAAGAUGGCGACAAAGAAAACAAGCUCAAGUCGGGAGGCGGAGGACGCCGGCGAGGUGGUCAGAGACAUCGAGGGAAAGGCCUCCACACAGCAGCGCCGUCCCCAGCUGUCCCUGCAGGAGCAACAGGAACAUCCUAAAAGCCCAACCUGAGCUGAAUCUUCAGCACACCAUCAUCGUCAUCAUUUUUAUUUCUAUUUUUUCUAAGGGAAGAAACGUGACUGUAUGAGCAUCUACUAGUUGUCUGCAAACACUGCCCUACCAGAACUUGAUUUUUGAUAUGAAAGAAUAUUCAGCUAUUUUUCUGAAACAGUUGUUGUUGUUUUUUUUGCUUGUUUUUUUCCCCCACAGUCCAAUCUAUGCUCUAUUGGUGCAUUUGCCUGUAGACUGUUGAAGAUGAGACAGAUUUUAUAACUAGUUUGAGUUUGUAGGUGACGUGACAUUACAUAACAACCUCUAUUUUACUACACGAUUGUUUACAUAAUGUGUAGUUCAUGAGACCUAACAGCAGAGGUACAAGUCACUCUCCGUUUUUAGCGUCCUUCUUUCCUCUUUUCUUUUCACUUCCUCAUUAUCCAUCCUCACCUUUAGUAACUGUCAUUGGUGCAUCUUUUCAGUGGAACUAAGUUAUUAGUCAACUUAAGGGGGACCUAUUAUGAAAAACACGUUUUCUCUUGCUUUAUAAUAUAUAAAGUGGUCUCCCCUCAGCCUGCCAACUCAGAGAAGGAGGAAAGCAACCAAAUUCUGCAGUGUCUGUACAGCCGCCCGGAUGAGCCGUCCAGUGUGAUGUGGCUUCUACGAGCCGUUCAGAUUCUGCUCCCUUUCGUUACGUAACCAAAAUGCAAUUUGCAUCGGUUGGCCUCCGAUGCGUGAAACCACUCCCACAACUAACUCUGGCCAGAACAACAACAACAACAACUCCGCCAGCCGGAGCUUCCGCCAUUUUUUUGUAGCGCUGUAUCGCGUCAUUCAGGCAGCCAAUCAGCACAGAGCCUCAUUAUCAUAGCCUCCCUGCCCACUCAGAAUCCCACAUAGAUAAUGAGGUUAGAGAAUGGGAAGAUAAAGACAUGGCUCAGAGGCUGAAUUUCUAAUUUAUUUAGCAAAAACAAUCAAAAGCUUGUUUUUAAAACAUUCAAGGCCUGUUUAAAAUAGGUAUUAGAUGCCAUAAUAGGUCCCCUUUAAUAUCACAUCACUAAUUUGUUUCACCAACUGUGCCCUGUUGUAAAAACCUUGUUUGUCACAGAAGCUGGCAGCAAAAAUGUACAUUUGGAAUGGAUUAAACAGAAAGGGAAUUCACAACAACCUUACGGACUGUCCGCAAGUCCGUCAGAUGUAGCUGUUGUGCAGGUUUAAGGUAUUGCUGAUUUGGGAGGUAGCCACAGUGGUUUUCUUUAAAGUUCCUGCUGACAAUCUAUUGUAGAUUUUGGAAAUGUGGGUAUUUAGCAGAAAAUGUAUUUUCUUCCCCUAAAACUGCCAACCCACUGCUUGUCUCACCUGACUAACGUCAUACUCCUAAAUUUUGGUCCUGUAAUCCAAAGGCCAUUUGAUCAAUUUCAUACUGACCGUUUUUUUUAUUCCUUUUAAAGAUUUAUUAGAUGUACUUCUUGAAGCCAAAAAGAGAAAAAAAAUUCUAAAGUGUCCCUUUUCCCCACCCAUGAGGAAUUUCUGCUGUCGUCAGUGUGGAAGUCUCUAUCAUCUUUCUUCUCUUUCCUGAGAAAUAAGCCAAACAGGCUGACCUUUUGAGCACAGCAUGAUUUAUUGUGACGCUCACUAAAUAAUCCAAGAGGCACAUGAAAGAACAUUUUUAACCAGCAUGAUUAGAAAUGCCAGGGAAGCACAUUUGGAGUCACAACAUUUUUGGUGUGCAUUAUCAUCCCCAUGGAAAUGUGCAGGUAGAUUCAAACUUCAGACCUUUAGGGGAUAAAAACAAAUAUGUCAGAUAUAUGACUAAAUCUCAAAUAUUUAUUAUAAAAAUAAUAUAACAAAAAAAAUUAUAUUUUUUUUACUGAACAUUCAAAAAGGUCUUCGUGCUAUUUUGUGUAGGGUGCAAAAACAGGCUUGAUGGAAAUCAUCUAAUGUGUCUAAAGUUGAACAAAAUCCAAUGACCUGCAACAGGCAACUGUUUUUUUGUUUUUGUUUUUAUUAAUAAAGUUACUGAAAUGCAUUUUACGGAUCUUUAACAGAGUACACUGCCAGAAUAUCAAACCCCCUUAUUUCCCUCAACCUUUUUGAUAAUGUAUGGAUUUUAUUUUUGAAGAGACAAAUUUUCUCUCAAUUUUAUGUAUAAAAUAAGUUUUGUUGGGGUUGGGUUUUUUUUUUGUUUUUUUUUCUCUUUCCAGAAAACUUGAGGUUGAAAAUAAGAUGCCAUUUAAUGACGUGGAGCCAGUUUGUGUUGUAAAUCCUUUUAAAUAAAGAUGUUAUAUAUGGCUA